GCUGCUGCUGCUGGCGCUGCUGCUGGCGGCGGCCCCGCCGCACGGCGGCUCCGACAGCCCCAAGGGGAAGCAGAAGGCGCUCCGCCAGCGGGAGGUGGUGGACGUGUAUAAUGGCAUGUGCUUACAAGGCCCCAGUGGUGUUCCUGGACGGGAUGGAAACCCAGGAGCCAAUGGGAUCCCUGGGACACCUGGGAUCCCAGGACGGGAUGGGCUGAAAGGGGAGAAGGGCGAGUGCAUGCGUGAGAGCAUCGAGGAGUCCUGGACACCCAACUUCAAGCAGUGUUCGUGGAGCGCGCUUAAUUAUGGCAUCGACCUGGGCAAGAUCGCGGAAUGCACGUUUACCAAGAUGCGCUCGAACAGCGCUCUCCGCGUGCUCUUCAGCGGCUCACUUCGGCUCAAGUGCAGGAACGCCUGCUGUCAGCGCUGGUACUUCACCUUCAACGGGGCAGAGUGUGCUGGGCCACUGCCCAUUGAAGCCAUAAUAUACUUAGAUCAAGGAAGCCCAGAGCUGAAUUCUACUAUUAACAUACACAGAACUUCUUCAGUGGAAGGUCUGUGCGAAGGGAUCAACGCUGGCUUGGUGGAUAUCGCCAUCUGGGUUGGGACGUGCUCAGAUUAUCCCAGGGGAGAUGCUUCUACUGGAUGGAAUUCAGUCUCCCGAAUUAUCAUUGAAGAACUGCCAAAAUAACUUCCCUACCUUUUUAUAAUACUUUUUUUAUUAUUAUUUUGUGAUGUCUUCUUCAGAAUUUAUUUCAAUAGAGUUGGAUGCAAGUACUGGACUGAAAGGCACCAAAGCCUUGCAUCUGUAGCCUUUGUCUUGUUUUGCACAUGGCAGAGACUUUUUGUAAUAAUCAUUUUAGAAUACAAAUAUCAAAACCAAGUUCAUUAAUGUUUUAAUUUUUUUUAUGUAAUACCACCACUGUUUUUAGAAUUAAC